GGACCUUGUGUCUCUGCCAGUAUGUCGACUCAACAAAUUGUCGAGGCUGCCCUUGACAGGCGCGACAAUGGCAUCCGGAGGGAGUUCAGAAAUGUUGAUGAGCGUUUGGAGAGACUCGAAAUCAAAGUUGAUGAGCAAUCCCGACAAGUUGACGAACGAUUUCUCAAAGUUGACGAACGAUUCAACGAGGUCGACGAACGAUUCAACAAGGUCGACGAACGAUUCAACAAGGUCGACGAACGAUUCAACAAGGUCGACGAACGAUUCAACAAGGUCGACGAGCAAAUCAGUCAGCUACACGACCAAAUGAACCAGCUUCAUAACCAAAUGAAUCAGUUCAUGCGGUUGUCAACGGCUCAAUCUACAAAUCCCCGAGCAGCAAGGGCCAGAGACAAAGUACUCCCAGUUCCCAUCUUCAGUGCUUCCUCUCCCUCACAGCUUUCAUUCCCUUCCCCAAAACAUUUCCCCAGCAACGUCCACCAAUUUUGGGACCUUCGCAAAAAAGUUGAUAAGCUCACAUAUUUGUGUCACUUUUACAACAUCACUGGCGAGGAAAUCGCUGGAAACGUUUCACCCCAAUCAGAAUGUUCCGAUACCGACGAAGAAGACGACGACAACUCCUCCUCACGCUCCCAAGCCAUGCCCAGACUUCGCGAAAUGGUUGUUGAUCACACCAUGAAGGCGCUGUCUUGCUUAGCAGGCCCACUGCUUCUGGACUAUGAGAGGAUAUCUUACAAUAUGGAAAUAAUCACUGAUCUUAAAAAAAUCGGCGCCCAACGGGAAGAGAAAGGGGUCAAGCGAGGAGCUGCAAGUGAGGAGACUUCUAGCAAUAGCGAUAAACUCCCGGACCGCAGGAAGAGAUUGACGACGGAUCCACCAGCGCGUGUGGCUGGCCAGGGGCAUGAGGACCGUGCUGCUGCGCACACUACGAAACAAUCUCUUCUGCCCGAGAUACCUUGGGCCGAUUAUGUCGCAGAACCUCGAGACCCCAGCACUCCGUCAGAAAAGAGCCACGUUAGGUGGGCAUCUCAUUCUACCUCACCUGGUAAGCGACGAUUUCUCAAAGAUUGCUGGCCGUAUUCAGAAGCACAAGCCGUGCCAGAUCCCGAAGCAAGAUCGGACACAAGGACGGAUAUGCAUGAAAAGGAUGCCAUCAAACAGGGAACACAACAUUCUUCCGUAAAGUCCGAUGGAUCAACUGUCCCCUUUUCGCAGACUCCACUUGCUUUCAAACUGGCGGCAGAGAGGUUGAAACAGAAGGGCAGGCCUGGGGGCUCGAACUGAUGCCAAAUAUCUGUCCGAACUUAUCUCUAUAAGUUAGUUGUCGUUAACUACAUGGCUCUUGCACUGGUCUGACGGUGAUCGAGCAAUAACGCGGAGGUAUUCAGUAUGUUUUCCUCGUACUAUUCUAGCGUGAGUCUGUACAUUCAUCAGCGAAGUUGUUCCCAAAUGGACCACUAACUUCGUGGCUCAACAUCCUCAUAACACUUUGUCGUCCUCUCAGGGAUCAGUCAUCGAUGCUUCCGCCCUAGUCCAAGGAUGGUAUCAAGGGCUGCCGCAGCGUCGCCUGCUGACCAUUGUGUAUUGGGAUCAACAAAGACCAAGCUUAACAAGACGCGAGCCAGAGGUUAGCGCCGAGUCUGCUUCUGCUCUCUACUGUACAUCUUCCCGGUCUGAACUCUUGUUGGGCACAAUUGAAGUGCCGGCAUGUCUUGGAGAGGGCGUAAGGACCCUAUGGUAUGCCUAAGGGUUAGUGACAAAAAGAUUGGCGGGUAAUUCUCUAAAAACACCUCUUACAAAAACCACCAAAACUCAAGUUAUAGGAGUCGAAUAUCUUCCAAAUUCAAUGUAAGUACUAUAUAGACCUUUAAGAAUAAUUAUACCAGCUUAGAGACUCUGAAUCCUUAUAGAAGCUGAGGAAGUUGGGUGUGAAGAGAGGUA